ACGAAAGCCCGCCACGUCCGGCCGAAAACGAGCUAAUAAAUGCCCCUUCCUCCAAAGCACGUCAUACUACAAGCUUCACUGCAGCUGCGGGGCGCGCAUACAGCACUUGACUAAUCAUCACCUUCUCUACGAUCCAGAUUCCAAAUCGCCUUCCACAUAAACCCUACAUAACCCCUACAUAACCGAUACACUUCCAGUUCACACUUGACCUCACUCGCCACACCAAAUCAAGCUUUAACGCCGCAACAAUUUCUUCCCUCAUCCGCCGCUUCUUCAGCCGCGCCCCCAGCCCAACCACAAUGUCCGCCGCAAAGACAAAGGUGCAAUCCAUCAUCGACCAGAACCCCGUCGCCGUCUUCUCGAAAUCAUACUGCCCCUACUGCCGCCAGGCGAAGCAGCUGCUGAGCGACAAGGGCGCAAAGUUCUAUGCCAUCGAGCUGGACCAAGUCGAUGACGGCUCAGCCAUCCAGUCUGCUCUCGCUGAGUUGACCGGCCAGUCUACCGUCCCCAACAUCUUCAUCGCGAAGCAACACAUUGGCGGCAAUUCGGACCUGCAGGCCAAGAAGGGCGAGCUGCCCAACCUGCUCAAGGACGCUGGUGCCGUUUGACUAGAUGGCGCGAAGGGAAGGCUAUAGCUAGAAUCAUGAUAAACAGAGUUUGAACAACACACGAA